CACAAGUCCAGUCUUUCAUUAGGAUUACCAGCAAGCCGUUUUCCAGCUGUUACACAAAGUGGAUAGAAAUGAUUACUUUUUACACGGAUUCCAGAAGAUUUGAGACAUAAAGGAUCCGUAGGAAACAAUCUGGCUCCUGGCAGCUUCUAGUCACUCAACCAUUGGCUUUUAUGUUGUGAAGAAAUCAGAGGGCUAAGUAGAAAGGCUUCUGUCUCUCAGCAGGAGUAAACUCAAGCAUCUUAAAAUAAUGCAGGGGAAGAAAAGCUUAUUCCCAGGCAGAGCGUCUUUAGUUCUUUUCCUUUUCCAAGCAGUUACAUCACUGGAAGUACCACUUGACCUACCACAGCCUCCAACCAUUACUCAACAGUCACCGAAAAACUAUAUAGUGGAUCCACGAGAGAAUAUAGUAAUUCAAUGCGAAGCAAAAGGAAAACCUCCUCCAAGCUUCUCAUGGACACGCAACGGCACCCAUUUUGACAUAGAUAAGGAACCACGGGUAACUAUGAAACCCAACUCAGGAACACUUAUGAUAAAUAUCAUGGAUGGGGGAAAGGCAGAAGCAUACGAAGGGGAAUAUCAGUGCACUGCCAGAAAUGACCGAGGGACUGCACUAUCCAACAAUAUUGUCGUCCGCCAGACCAGAUCACCUCUCUGGACAAAAGAAAAAAUUGAGCCAAUAAUAAUACAACAAGGAGUUCCUCUGGUCCUGCAGUGCAAACCGCCAAAAGGGUUACCACCGCCUGUUAUAUUUUGGAUGGAUAAUUUUUUCCAGCGGUUGCCUCAAAGUGAGCGUGUUUCCCAGGGCCUAAAUGGAGACCUUUAUUUUUCUAACGUACAGCCAGAGGAUACUCAUGAUUUUUACAUUUGCUCUGCAAGAUUUAACCUUACUCAAACCAUACAUCAAAAACAGCCAAUUUCUUUAAAAGUCCUGUCAAUGGAUGCAAUGAAUGACACUAUAGCUGCUAAUUUAAGUGACACUGAGUUUUAUGGUGACAGUCCAACUGGUGAAAGGCGUCCCAGCCUUUUAACUCCUACAGGAAACACCAGUAAUAAAACAGUGCUAAGGAGCGAAGUUCUCCUACUGGAAUGUAUAGCUGAAGGACUUCCCACCCCGGAAAUCCGCUGGAGUAAAGAAGGGGCAGAGCUACCAACUAACAGAGUAUUUUAUGAGAACUUCAAUAAAACCCUAAAAAUAAUUGAUGUCUCAGAAGCAGACUCUGGAAAAUAUAAAUGUACAGCAAGAAAUCUUUUAGGGUCCACACACCAUAUCAUAACAGUAAUUGUCAAAGCUGCCCCUUACUGGAUAACUGAACCUAGAAAUCUUAUUAUGUCACCAGGAGAGCAUGGGAUUUUAAUAUGCAGAGCUAACGGGAAUCCUGCUCCAAGUAUUACAUGGUUAAUUAAUAGCGUUCCUAUUAAUUUGGCUCCUAACGAUCCAAGCAGAAAAGUAGAUGGCGAUACAAUUAUAUUUACUGAUGUUCAAGAAAGAUCAAGUGCUGUUUUUCAGUGCAAUGCCUCUAACCAGUAUGGUUAUUUGCUUGCAAAUGCAUUUGUAAAUGUUCUUGCGGAACCUCCACGUAUAUUUUCUACAAGCAAAGUGUAUCAAAUAAUUGCCGACAGAACUGCCCUGUUAGACUGUGCAUCGUUUGGUUCUCCAAUUCCUAUCAUAGAAUGGUUUAAAGGUGUGCAUGGAAGUGUACUUCAUGGAAAUGGAUAUGUCUUUCAUGAUAAUGGGACACUAGAGGUACCUGUGGCACAGAAGGACAACAGCGGGAAUUAUACAUGUAUUGCCAGAAAUAAAUUAGGACGGGUACAAAACACUGUUGCGCUUCAAGUGAAAGAUCCAACUAUGAUCAUUACUCAACCUGAAUACCGGGUCAUCCAGAGAUAUGGCAGUGCAUCGUUUCACUGUAAAGUUAAACAUGAUCCUACUUUAAAACCAAUGAUAUUAUGGCUUAAGGAUAGCACAGAGUUACCUGAAGAUGAAAGAUUCAUUGUUGAAAAAGAAAGUCUGACUAUUAAGAAUAUAACAGACAAGGAUGAAGGAACCUACACAUGUGUUGCAAACACUACCUUGGACAGCGUCUCUGCAAGCGCAGUGCUCACUGUUGUUGCAGCUACUCCAACUCCAGCUGUAAUCAACGCUCGUCCAAAUCCACCUUUUGAUUUGGAGUUGACUGAUUACCAUGAAAGAAGCGUGCAACUCUCGUGGGUUCCUGGAGAUGAUAACAACAGUCCUAUAACUGAUUUUCUCAUAGAGUAUGAAGAUGUAAUGCACGAACCAGGAAUAUGGCACUUGCAGACCAAAGUCCCUGGUAUUCAAACUACAACAACAUUGAAACUUUCACCAUAUGUCAACUAUUCAUUCCGCGUAGUCGCUGUCAACGAGGUUGGUCAAAGUGAUCCAAGUGAACCAUCGGAACAACAUAUGACUAAAGCAGCAGCACCGGAUCAAAGUCCAGUUGGUGUUAAAGGAAUGGGCUCUGAACCCGACAACUUAGUUAUAACUUGGAAGCCUUUAAAAGGAUUCCUUUCCAAUGGGCCUGGACUCCAAUACAAAGUCAGUUGGCGGCAGAAAGAUUUUGAUGAUGAAUGGACAUCAGUUAUACUUGCGAAUGUUUCUAAAUAUAUUGUGGCUGGCACACCAACUUUUGUUCCUUUUGAAAUCAAAGUUCAAGCAUUAAAUGAUCUUGGUUAUGCUCCAGAACCAGCCGUUAUCAUUGGACACUCAGGAGAAGAUUUACCAAUGGUCUCACCAGGAAAUGUACAGGUGGAAGUUAUUAAUACCACACUGGCAAAAGUUCAGUGGGAACCUGUUCCUAUAGCAAAAGUUCGUGGUCAUCUUCAAGGAUACAGAGUCUACUAUUGGAAAGUAAAAAAAUCAAUAAAGAGAAGUCUACGGCAUGUGGAAAAAUAUAAUCUAACUUUUACUGGAAACAGGACUCAUGGAAUGCUCCCUGGUUUACAUCCAUAUAGCCGCUACCUGCUCCAUAUCCGUGCGUUUAAUGGUAAAGGUGAAGGUCCCCCGAGUGCUGAUGAACAGUUUGAGACACCACCUGGAGUUCCUAGUGCACCAGCUUUUUUGAAGAUUAGAAAUCCAACACUUGAUUCCCUAACUCUGGAAUGGGGACCGCCCAUCCAUCCAAAUGGCAUUCUGACAGAAUAUACAUUGAAGUAUCAGCCAAUAAACAGCACCCAUGAAUUAGGUCCUCCGGUGGAGAUCACUAUCCCUGCAAAUGAAUCAAGUUUAGUUUUAACCAAGUUAAGCUACAGCACUCGCUACAAAUUUUAUUUUUAUGCCCAUACUUCUAAGGGACCCGGAAGCCAAAUUACUGAAGAAGCAGUUACGGUUAUGGAUGAAGCUGGUUUUCUCCCACCUGCUGUGGGUACAGGCAAAGAAACUCUUUUUUCUACUUCUCCUGUCAUGCACACUGUUCAUCCAACAUUCAACAAGGUUCGACCUUUUUUUCCAAGGAUCAAGAAUGUUACUGCAACUGAUUCCUUUGCUACUAUCAUAAUGGAUUAUGAGGGUCCUGAUGUGAAGUUAUAUGUUGAAUAUGUAGAACAGAGCAAAGAAGACUGGAAAAAAGAAUUUAUAAAUGAUUCUCGGAGCAUCUUUUUGUUAAAGGGUUUAAGUCCUGGAACAUCAUAUAAAGUUCGUGUUGGUGCUGAGGGUCAUAAUGAUUUUGUGAGUUCAGAAGAAACCUUUCAGACAGGUCCAGCCAUGGCAAGCCGACAGGUUGACAUAGCUACACGAGGAUGGUUCAUUGGUUUGAUGUGUGCGGUGGCACUGCUCAUUUUAGUUUUACUAAUAGUUUGCUUCAUCAGAAGAAAUAAAGGUGGAAAAUAUCCAGUCAAAGAAAAGGAAGAUGCACAUGCAGAUCCAGAAAUCCAGCCUAUGAAAGAAGAUGAUGGAACAUUUGGUGAAUACAGUGAUGCAGAAGAUCAAAAACCACUUAAAAAAGGCAGCCGGACUCCUUCGGACAGAACAGUGAAAAAAGAUGACAGUGAUGAUAGUUUAGUUGAUUAUGGUGAAGGAGUAAAUGGGCAGUUUAAUGAAGAUGGCUCCUUUAUUGGACAGUACAGCGGUAAAAAAGAAAAAGAACCCGCGGAAGGCAACGAAAGCUCAGAGGCACCAUCUCCGGUCAAUGCCAUGAAUUCCUUUGUUUAAAGAGCAAGACAGCGAUUUUCUCUUUUGCAUACUGCCAAGUUAAAGUAUAUUCAGUGCACCCAAAUAUCGUAUAUCAAUUGAUUGGUAUCACAUGGUGUGAAGACAUAUUCAUAUAUUGGAUAAUAAUUUAAAAUAUACACACUAUUGUAAGUUAUACUGAAUGUCAGUGUGAAAAAAGAAUACAGCAUCGUAAUCUUUUUUUGUUGAAGACAUCGUUUUAUUCGUUUAACAUAUGUGGAAACCAACUGACACAUAGUCUACAUUAUGACAAAAUGAAUUAAUCAUAAAUGCUAUUCCUUUUUUGGAAAAAUAUAUUGCAUGUAAUGCUUCACAUUUCACAGACAAACCAGUGUUUGUAAAAAAAAUAAAAAAUAACAUGGUUUGGUUGUUAUGGAGUCCUAAGUCAAACACACCUGGAUAUGAAGUCUUUUCUCAUUGUCAGUGUUCCAGUAUUAUUGCAGUGUGUAAAACUUCAAUGUCUCUGUGGACAUUGUUGGUGAAGUUGGUGAUUUUGUUGUUUAUCUAUAAUACGUCUUGUUAAAAGACUGGAAACAUAUAUAUAGAUAUGAUGGCAAAGCAAUUUAGGCAUGGCACUUUCAGUUGCUGAUGCUUAUGAAGACCCAGAUAAAUGCAAUUUGCUCCCAUAAUGUUCUAGCUGUUUAAUCUUUAAAGUAUUACAAAUGUACAGUGUUGUAUUUUGUACACCAUGUAAAAACCAGGUUGUCCAUACAGUGCUAGGCUUUGCAAUGUAUUCUAGAAUUUUUACAGUCACUGAAGAUGAAAUGCAAUGCUUUGUGAUUUCCUAAGCAAGAUGUUUCAGUGCCUUUCUUAGAAAUGUAUUUUAUAAUGCACUGUUCUGUUGAAUUAAUUGGUGCUGUAAAAUCAGAUUGGUGACCUACAGUAUCUACAUUGCCAAAAAUGUAAAUUGUAUAAAUAACAAAAAAAAAGUUAUGAAAAACAUUGUGCACAAAUGGAAAAUAAUCUGCUUUCUACAAGUUGAAGUAUCACUGUGUUCCUUAGAUUUCUACAGUAGCAGCAAAUAGCCUUGAGCACAAAUUAUUUAUUAUACUUAUAGAUUUUAAAGCACAGGGUGUAUUAAGGGGACAGUAAAGUCAAUAUCAAAUGUUCAUGAUUCAUAUAGAGCAUGCCAUUUUAAACAACUUUCCAAUUUAUGUCUAUUAUCUAAAUUGAUUCAAUCUCUUGUUAUCCUUUGUUGAAAAGCAUGCCUAGGUAGGCUCGGGAGUAGCAAUGUGCUACUGCGAGCCUGCUCCUGAUUGGUGGAUGCACAUAUAUGCCUUUUGUCAUCUGCUCACCCAAUGUGUUCAGCUAGGUCCCAGUAGUGUAUUGGUGAUUCUUCAAGAAAUUAUACCAAGGGAUUUUUGAUAAACAAAGUAAAAUGGGAAUUUGUAUAAAACUGUUUGCUCUACCUGAAUCAUGAAAGAAAAAAAUGUUGGUUGUAUGUCCCUUUAAUGAUCUUUUACCCAGUUUUUACAUAAAAAAGAUGACAAAAUCCCAACUAUUUCUACAAUAGAAAAUCCAAGCCAGUAACUUCAUAGAACGUCAUUACAAAGUAAUUUCCAACUAUAAAAAAAAUUAUAAAAAUAAAUAAAUACAUUUUAUAUAUAUAUAAAUACAUACAAAAGAGAAAGCUGCUAACAGAGAUUAGUAGAGAUGGAUGGUUAUCAUCCAUGAUUAAAAAGAAAAUAUUUAUCUUGCGUGCAUAAACUAUUUCAAUACUGUGGUUUAGCUCCAUAUGAAAUUAUAUAACAACCUAUGGUUGAAGCAAUGCUCCUUUUCAUUUGCCAAUAAAUUGCUUUUUCAUAACUUGCAUCAAGUUUAAUUUUAAGUAAGCUUUUAUAUGUAGAUAUUUUGUUCAAUUUGUAAAUAUACUGAAAGUUUAGAUGCUUUACGCUUCUAGAUGUUAUAGAGGAAUUUAAUGGAAUAAAGGUUAUGUUAUACCUUAUAAGAAGAAAUAUAGACAAUAUGGAGUGCAUGGUAUUUUUAAGACAUCUAUCUAAUUACAUAUAUUUUGCUGUGAAAAUGACAUAUUAGCCUAUUGUACUCACUGCAGAAUUAAUGAACUUGUGCCAGCACGUUUUAUUUUGCCAUUUUUUUGCUUACAAAACGAUAGAAUUUAAGCACAAGUUCAACAGCUGCAGAUCCAUUUUUACAUUUUCUGUCCCUUUAGUGUCUUAACCAAUGGCAAACUAUUGGUAUACAAUACAGUUCUUGGAAUUUGGCUCUAAGUGGGUAAAACUAUAGUAUACAAAUCGAAUUUCAAAGCACACAGAAAAAAAGUAUUUUAAAAAGUCGAACAAUAUUGGUGGCUGUUUAAAUGAGGACUGUGCUAAAAAAUGUAAUGUUAUCUAUACACAAGAGCAGAAUUUAACUACAUUUAUAUUUUUUGCAUACAACUAUGCAAAGUAAAAUCCAUUUAAAUUUAAAGAUAUAAGUAUAAAUUGUGAACUUCCUGUCUAAGCUCAUUGGCUGAUAGGUACUUCCUGCUUACAGUGAGCAUCUGUAACUUGCAGUAAGUGCAUGGCUGAUACUGUUGUAUUAGUUUAAAUUUGAAAUAAAAAUUACUUUACAUUUUAAUGCAAAAUAAUGUUCUUUUUUUUUUAAAGAAGAUAGCAUUUUUUGUACAAUGUCCCUUUAAGGAAAAACACUGUGACAUAAUUCUGUUUUGUUAACUUAUGUAGCAGAAGUUGCAUCUUACUCCUACAAUACAUUCAACAAAAGAUGCAAAAACUUCAAAUUGAUAUCAACUGUACUUGAUAAUUGACACAAAUGGAGCAUAAAAAUGGUGUCACCUUUAGGUUGAGUUCAAAAACCUUAACCUAUGAUCUUCAGGAAAGUAGCACAUGAUAACAUAAACUGUGCAUGUAUUGGUUCACCUGCAGACUCUCUUGUGUAAAAAUACAUUUUUGUAUAUUAAAUGUGUUCAAAUUUGAAUUGCA